AUGAGGCUAUGGUCGUACAUAAACCUGUUUCUAUAUGACAAUACCAUCGAGGAAGAGUACUACAAGAAACUACGGCAAAAGAGUUCCUCGAACUCGGCCUUGAUAGUCGGGCUAGUCGCGGCGGUCGGUGGAUUCAUGUACGGCUACGACACGGGCUUGAUCAACGAUUUGUUGGAAAUGCGUUACGUUUAUACCCAUUUCCCCAAGAGUGGGCAAAACUUUUCAACCCACGAACGAGCGAUCACGGUUGCCUCGCUUUCGCUUGGGACUUUUAUCGGGGCUCUCGUGGCACCGCUCAUCUCGGACAACUAUGGCAGGAAAUUCUCCAUCAUAUUCAGCAGUGGCGUAAUCUUCAAUAUCGGCUGCGUUCUACAAAUAUGCUCGGUGGAACUUGCCCUUCUUUGUGUGGGGAGAUUUGUGGUGGGCAUAGCAGUGGGCAUCUUAUCAGCCAUCGUGCCCUUAUACCAGGCAGAGGCAUCGCCCCGGUGGGUUAGAGGAUCGGUUGUGUUCACCUACCAGUGGGCGAUAACGUGGGGCUUUCUUAUUGCAAGUGCCAUUUGCCAAGGAACAAGAAGAAUGACCAACUCCGGUUCGUAUCGAAUACCAAUCGGCGUCCAAUUUCUCUGGUCCACAAUAUUGGUAACGGGGAUGCUGUUUUUGCCAGAGAGCCCGAGGUAUUACGCGCAAAAGAAUGAUUUAAAGAAAGCACUCAAGUCGUUGAGCAAACUACGACGGUUGCCGCAAGAUGACGACGACUUGAUAGAAGAACUAGUUGAAAUCAAGGCAAAUUACGAUUACGAAAUGUCGUUUGGCAAAACCAACGUUUGGGAUUGUUUUAGAAGCGGAGGCGGUCGCCAUAAACAGAGAUUGCGUAUGUUGACCGGGAUGGGGGUUCAGUUUUUCCAGCAGUGCUCUGGUGUCAACUUUAUUUUUUACUAUGGAGUCAAUUUUUUCAGCUCCGCGGGCGUCCUGAACUACUACAUCAUGUCCUUGAUUACUUAUGUUGUCAAUGUUGUUUUCACGAUCCCCGGUAUCAUUUUAAUUGAUACAGUUGGUAGACGCCCGUUGUUGUUUUGGGGAGGAAUUGGUAUGGCAGCAUCAAAUUUCAUCAUUGCCAUUGCUGGUGUCAGUGUUCACGACCGACACGUUAGUGCUAGUUUAUGCGUGUCGUUUGCAUGUGUCUUUAUUCUUUUUUUUGCCAGCACAUGGGGCGGCUGCACAUGGGCUCUAUGCUCGGAUAUAUUCAGUAUAUCGAUUCGACAGAAGGCGGUGUCGAUAGCAGCCGCCACCAAUUGGCUAGUCAACUUUGUGUUUGCCUACAUCACGCCUUACUUGAUCGACACUGGAUCUCACACUGCCGCAUUGGGAAGCAAGAUUUUUUUCAUUUGGGGUAGUUUGAACGUUGCUGGCACUGUGUUUAUUUACUUUACCGUUUAUGAGACCAAGGGGUUGAAGUUGGAAGAAGUUGAUUACAUGUAUGCCCAUUGUGACAAUGCGAAAACUUCAAAGCAUUUCAAGUCGACCAAGAUCCAGUACGACCAGAUGAAUGAGAAUUACGAUCUUCUUGUCAACCCGCCUAACCCAGUGACGGCUUCGUCUAAUAACUCGUCUCCUGACGAAAAAGAUGUACAAGAGGAGACUGUGUUUCCUCAGAAGCUGCAAAAUGGGAAUGAAGAGUUGUUGAUUAUCCCUUACAACAACAACCGCCUUUCUCCUUCCUCAACAAACUCGCUGGAUGAAAAAAUGAGGUCGAGGGGAAAAAGAAAAUUUUCGCUAGGCUCCAACUUGACCUCCCUCAAUUCGUCAAGGACUACUGCUCAGCCAUUGUCGUCGCAAGGGAGCGCCGAUUACCAGAUUUACCUUGAGUCGUUGAAGAAGCAGUAUUCGCAGCACUACAACAAUUCAAACAGUUUGAUCAGAAACCUUUCGUCUAGCAAAUCAUACGAGCUAACCAGCCAUCCGGGACACAAUCUGCAAUUGCAAGAUUUUGAAGGACCAGAUUUUGUCCAAGUAGACGAGAACCUCGUUGCGGCUGCAAACAUUAAUGAGAACAUCCCUACUACCAUUAUUGCUGCUCCAUUUUUCAAUCAGCCGCCAACUGACUCUGAUUCUGACGAUGACGAUGACGAUGAUGAAGAAGAAGAUGACGACCAUGAUGAAGAACGACUUGACCCGAGUAGAGGAAACGAAGUCAUUACCAAACAAGAUAUCCACGCCAGCGUGGUUGCAGAAGAAAUAGUGCCAAAAAAUGGAGUAAUCGGUCACAACGAAUCAGCAUAG